GGGAAGACGCCCUGGGUGUGUGGGUCUGUGUGUCACAGUCCAGGGUGUCUUUAUUUCCAUGGGCUUCCUGUCUCUCAUGUCUCUAGCCUCUAACUGCAACCGUAUCUUAUUCUUCAUUUUGUCAUAUGCAAAAGUUCAGAAGUUCCUAAUCCAUAAGGAGCCCUCAGGAGCAGAGGAAGCUCACCUGACCAGGCGUUCCCAUGAUGUGGCUGUUUUUAACAACAAGCUACUUGAUUUGUAGAACUUUAAAUGCUGGUGGAUUCUUUAAUUUGGAAAAAGAAGCAAAUCCUGAAGUGUGGAUGAAUAUCAGUGAAAUCAUCACCUAUAACGGCUACCCCAGUGAGGAGUACGAAGUCACCACUCAAGACGGGUACAUACUCAGCGUCAACAGAAUCCCCCGCGGGCGAAGAGACUCUGGGAGCACAGGUGCCCGGCCCGUUGUGUACAUGCAGCAUGCCCUGUUCGCAGACAGUGCUACCUGGCUGGAGAAUUAUGCCAAUGGCAGCCUUGGAUUCCUUCUAGCAGAUGCAGGUUAUGAUGUCUGGAUGGGAAACAGUCGGGGGAACACUUGGUCAAGGAGACACACAACACUCUCAGUGACUGAAGAGGAAUUCUGGGCCUUUAGCUUUGAUGAAAUGGCCAAAUAUGAUCUCCCAGGAAUAAUAGACUUCAUUGUAAAUAAAACUGGUCAGGAGAAGUUGUAUUUCAUUGGACAUUCACUUGGCACUACAAUAGGGUUUGUAGCCUUUGCCACGAUGCCUGAACUGGCACAAAGAAUCAAAAUGAAUUUUGCCCUGGGUCCUGUGUACUCAUUCAGAUAUCCCACAGGCAUUUUCACCAGUGCUCUCCUACUUCCAAAUUCCGCGAUCAAGAGGUUUUUUGGUACCAAAGGUAUCCUUUUAGAAGAUAAUACAGGGAAGUCACCUUCUAUCAAAAUCUGCAACAAUAAAAUAUUAUGGGUGAUAUGUAGUGAAAUUAUGUCCUUAUGGGCUGGAUUCAACAAGAAAAAUAUGAAUAUGAGCCGAAUGGACGUGUAUUUGUCCCAUGCUCCCACAGGAUCAUCAGUACAGAACAUCCUGCACAUAAAACAGCUUUACCGAUCUGAUGAAUUCAGAGCUUAUGACUGGGGAAGUGAAGCUGAGAACAUGCAUCACUACAAUCAGAGUCGUCCGCCACUGUAUCACCUGACUGCCAUGAAAGUGCCUACUGCUAUUUGGGCUGGUGGAAACGAUGUCCUUGUAACACUCAAGGAUGUGGCUUGGAUACUGCCCCAAAUCAGGAAUCUCCGUUACUUCGACCUGUUGCCAGAUUGGAACCACUUUGAUUUCAUAUGGGGCCUCGAUGCUGCUCAACGGGUGUACAGUAAAAUCAUAGAUCUGUUGAAGUUGUAUCCCUGACUGCAGUGCACCUACUUCGUAGUUAAAAGUUGCUUGCAAGCCCACAAGAGGCUUGGGGAAAAAUACUAACCAGCAGUGAGGUCUCCUCCAGCAUCCCUCACCUGCUGCCGCCUCUAAGGCAUUCCCUCGUGACAGCAUCCCAGCUAGGAGUUGUUUCAACUGUGCUGCUCCUUCUCUGCGAAAUGGCCACACCUGAAAUCCCAGCAUCUCUUCCCCGCAGUCAGGGCUAGGUCCUCUUUUUCAAAUAAGAAGGCCUAGUAAACUCUUCUCUGCUAAUUGUCCUCUUGGGAGAGGGGUUAAAAGAGGACUUUCUCUUUCCUAUUUCAAACAUAUACAGUGGCUUCAUACAAAGGAUACCCUCUCCGCAUCCCCUUUUUCAAAGGAUUGAAUGUAAGCAUAGGAGUGCUGACUUCGCGAGAAAGGCCUCGUCAAGGCAGCCGUUUGGGUAUGUAUUUCAGGUGGCUGGCAUCUGGUGGCUUUCUUGAAAUCACAAUCACAGCCGUAGUCACACAGUCAUCUAUAAACAAGCCAGGAAAUAAGCCCGCUCCAAGCAUGAAAAAAGAUAGCAGAAUGGAAAACUAACCAAAUUUAAGCAUUCCAGGAGUUUGUUUUACUAUUUCAAGCUAAGGAAGAAAAAAAGGGAAAAUUGGAAAUGACUAGGAUAAGCUCAAUUUCUAGUUAUUAAAAUUAUUCACAAUAGGUCAUUGCCUUUAAAAGAAGGUUAAAUUAAUAAAGCUUUCUGAAAGUAGUGUACUAGAGCUUGACAGUCAGCAGCAGUCUUCAGCCAUAACACGCGGAAGAACAUUCUUCACUUGUUUUGCUCUGAAGAUAAACUAAACAGCCAUUAUGCCUCAUUAUCAAAGUGGAAUUUAUAUUACUGCAUUUGUACCCUGUAACAUUUAAAGCAGCUUCCAGAAAACCUACUUUUAGAACCAGCGAGAAAGUCACGAGCAAUUUCCAAAGUCUUGCUCUAUUUCAGUCACUAAAUGACUAGACAUUGACUCUAGGAUUUAUUAUAGAGUUCCAAGAGUAGCAUGAAGUUUUAGUGUCACAUCCACAUUCCUGCAUGAUGUGAACUUGGAAAAGUCCUUUACCUUCUAUGAAGAUGUAAUUAAUGGGAAACUGUUGAUGAUCCUCAAGGAAUCAUAAAUAAAGAACACACAUACAUACCUUCAACUGGUUAAUUUAAAACAGGUAAAUAUAAGUCAUCUCAGGAAUAUUUGUGUAUAGGACCAAGGUCUUUGGGUAUUGAACACCACAUAAUUAUUCCUCAUUAAAGAAUCCAUAAUUGAUCAUUUUUAACUUUUAGUUUUAGUGUCUUUAAAAGGGAUGACAAUUUAAAAACUUGGGAAGCAAUUUUAAGUGCAAGUCCUUUUAUAUUUUUAUAAUAUUUAUUUAUCAAGAUCUGACUAAUGUUACUACAGUUUUUCAUGACUUUUAUUGAGCUCUUUCAAAGAUUACAAGGUAGUUUUCAUACAGGUAAUACAUUCUUUUUUAGCCACAUUUAAAUAAAUUAAUCAAAAUUCAAUAAUUUAAUUGAUACAACAAAUAGAACAGGCAUAGCUAACUCUGAGAACAAAUAUCUAAUUCUUAGUAAGCACAUGAUUUAGCUGGAAGGAGUAGAAGGAUAUGGCUACUAGUUAUGGAUGUUUAAGAGGCAUUAAACAUCAGCUAAUACGUUUACAGAGAGGAAAGAGGACAUUGGUUAAUAUAGGAAUCUAGUUAAUUGUAGGUUAAGCGAGCCCCUACGAAUGUGUCUUAUUUGACUCCUGCUAUGACAAUGCUGUGUAAUAAACAAUCGUGAACAAC